GAGAGCUCGACAAGGCUCAAAGGUAGCCAUGCCGGCCAGGAGGAAGCCGAGCUCCGUCAUUAUCACUCUGCUGACGAUGGGCCCAAGGACGGCAUCUUACCGGAACGGUACCCUGAACCCAGGGAACCUGACGACCAAAGCAAGGGUCGACGGAGUGGUGGACCAUGGCAUGAGAGUGGCCAUCAUGACAGUGUCUACAGCUCUGGUGAUCUGGGAAUGGGACUGUGGGAUCGUGGAUGUAACUGGGAUGCGUCGUGGACAACAAGCUCGCGCAUCCCUGCCGAAGGGACACGUCCGACCAGUACACCUUCACAAGACCCCAGGAUUGGCAUCUGGCAGCAACAAGUCCACGAACCACAAGUGGGUCGCCUCCAUGUUAGUCUCGAGGAGUGCCUGA